AUAGCUGUGAGUGUAUAUUGAUUGUACACUCUUCCACUAUUAUUAUAGACACCAUUACAAAAUGGCUAUCCCCUCAAACAGUGCCCUAUAUACUGGUAAAGUGGGCUGUUUUCGACACAUACAUAGUAAUAUGAUAAUACAGUCGUAGUGCGCAUGCGUUAACAGCAUGCCGCGCUGUCGAUGCGGAACUAAGUAUAUUAUUUUGGUGGUCCGCAAUCAUAGGUCUGCAUAACCUACCUGUGCUUCCGUGAUCGCCAGAUGACAGGCUUAUACAGAAAUGAAACUUAACUAGACCGGUAAACAAGACUGGAUUCACGAGUUAUUUAAGUUAAGCUGAUAUGCGCCUCGCCUUCGUGCAAUUAAAUAACAUGUGACUUUUUUAAUGCAAACACACAUAUCUCAACAUGGGAUCUGAUCAACAUCGGACACCCAGCAAUAUUUCGUGUGUACUGUGCGGGACAUCAGACGAAACUGAGAUCACUGGAGCUCUCUCAUCCAAAGACCACAUUUCAGCACACCAGAACUGUUUGUUAUUUGCUUCAGGAAUCUACUGUAAGAACUCGCCCACCUAUGAUGACCUGUUUGGAUUCACUGUUGAUGAUAUAAAGAAAGAAGUUCGCAGAGGAAAUAAAUUGACUUGUUACCACUGCAGUAGACGGGGUGCUACAGCAGGAUGUGAGGUGAAGCGUUGUAAGCGUUCAUACCAUUAUCCCUGCGCCAGAGAAGAUAAAGCCAACGUCAUUGAAGACAGUACCAAAGGCCGUUAUAUAUUGUACUGUGAAAAGCACAAUCAAGUACCCAACAGGACAGAAUCAUUAAAUGGUGCCUCAACUUCUGGUCUGAAUCGGCCUAAAAAACGUGGUUUGUCUGAAAAUCAUGGACAAAGGCCUGGCAGGAGGGAAUCCAAUUCAUCUACAGGGUCAUCAGAAUUGGGAUCCUCUCGUUCGUUGAAGAAAAAAUCACCUGAAAAAUUUUUAGAUUCAGAUGAUGAAAUUCAAACCCCAUGUGACCCCACGUUUGCUCCAGUAGAGUCCGAUAUUGACGAAUGCACACCUCCAAAACAAACCAAUUCAGCUCCUGUUGCUGAGGAUUUGAGGCGCUGUGGUGAACUCAAUCCAUCAUCCACAGCUUUGGUAUAUGGGCCCUCAACGUCUGCUAUGAAUAACGGUGGUGGAUCAGAAGACGGUCCAGGACAAUUGAACGACAGGAUGGAACUUGAUUCACCAGUAUCGUCACCAGAUGCUCCAAGAAGAAAGUUGAAGAAGAUGUCAAUACUCUACUCAGAUGAUGAACUUGAUGAUGAGACCAGCACUGACCCUGUAGUUUCUCCAGUAGUGGCACAGGCAGGAGGAUGCACCUCUCCAUCUCAACACAAACAUUCAACUCCUGUGACUAAAAAUACAAGACCCUCAGAAGAACUGAAUCCAUUGACCACAGGAGAUGAUGAUGAUGAUACUGACAUUGAGACAGACUCUUUCUCUGUUUGCAAGGAUGUUUCUCAGAGUUUGUUACCACCAAAUCCCUACAGUGUCACUGUCCCAUGUACUGUUAUCAUGGAUUCAGGACCCUCGUUGGAAUCAGAGAGCAGUCUAGAACUUGGUUCACCGUCCCGUGCCAUCCCAGCUGAUACGCAUACCUCACCUGGGUCUGAACCUAGAGAAACAACAACCACUAACAUAAAAGCUCCAACCGAUGACACACCAAGUUCUGCCAAGCCCACACCUCACCAGGAACAUUUAAAGAAAGCUCUUUCUGAUCAUCCAGGGUCAUGCAGUGAUCAUUUAAGCCCCACAGCAUCUGUAGUCCAACCACUUUCACCAUCUCUCAUCACACCUGAUCACCCAGCAGAAAUUUCACUUGAUCGCCCCGCCGUGGCGGAUGCCUGCUGUUUGACCGUGACAUCGAGCUCAGUGUCCAGUGCCGCCCAAUUUUGGGCUAGAUGUAAUGAGGCCAAAUGCACUGAAAGUAUUUUUUCAGAGCUCGUGUGUCAGCUGAACAGCCUGAGAGAACAGAUACAGUCGCAGAAAGCCAGUCAUCAGGAUUUUGAUGUUGCUCUGAAGAUAUUAGAGGCAUCUGGACGACUACCUACAAUAAUUACUCAACUGGAAAAAGACAUGAAAGAGCAGGAAGAGGAAUUGCAGAAGAAAAAAGCAGCACUGAGAGAUGCCAGAGCUGUUCUGGGUAUUUAAUCUAAGUGAGCAUCAUAUUCUGCUGUAUAGUGAAACUACAUUUCAUGAGUUUGUCAGAAUCUUUUAUUGUUUUUAGCUACGAGUAACUAUGAAUUAAGAAUUGGUUCGAUAAGUGCCUUAAAUUAAUAGUUAUCUUAUUUACUUUUAUUGCCCAUAUGUCUUCAGUGUUUUAAAAAUAUUUGACAUUUAAGGAUUAUUUAGAUUUAAAUCAAAAAACUUUCAAAAGACAAGUUUGGGAGUACAUUGUGUUUAUUGUACAGAAGUUGUUGAAAUAUUGUGUAUUUAGUGUAUAUGUUACAGUGUGAAAGUGAAACAGCACAUUACACGCAUUUGCUCGCAAUGUUUAAAUGUAUCCCUAAAAAUAUUGUAAGCCCAAGUAGAGCGUAGAAAACAUGUACUUGAAUUACUGCUAUGACCUCAAUUGGGUUUAUAAAGCAACAGAUCUAACAGCUCACAACAUGAAACUAACAAAACAACCAAUGGUGCCUUAACCAUGAGCAUGCCUAAAGGGACAUUUGAAUGAAUUAUUGGUGUGGCUUGCUUUAUUAUGCUCAUGUAAGGGCUUUAUAUUUAAUUAUCCUUGUAGCCAAUAGAUGGCAGCAGACACCUAAACCAAUUUUAGGAGCGUUGAAAAGUUUUAAGUUCCCAAUACACUUGUUUUGUAUUUUUAUUAGACAUUCACUUUUGUUCAUGUCAGUUUUUAUAUCUGUUUAUCUAAACAUUGUUCUGUUAAUUUUUUUCUUUAUACGGUUUAAAUCAUAAUACUGAAGAUAAACUGAUGUGUUAUUUAUACUAUAAAUAUAUGGUAAUGUAUGAAGGUUAAUAGAAAUUGCUUUAUUUGUUUUUGUUCAAUUACUGUAAAUCUGAAACCAUCAAAGCUCCAAAUUUCUGCAGGUUUUCUGCUGAAUCCCCCUUCUGUCUGUCAUGACUAAUGUCUAGGCAUGCUGAGACAUCAAGACAAUAGAAACAAAAAGAGAGUGUUCAAUGGGGCUUGUAUUUUACAAAGUGUUACAAACUUUCCAUAUCCCUGUCUGGUAGGGUAAGUUAUAACACGCUCAGUUUAACCAAUUAGAAAUUCUACCAAUCACUACCAAUAUUGUAGCUGACCAGUUGGGAAGUAUUGUGACACUAUGAUGAUCAUAAUACUUUAUCCAAGGUUUCAGGCAAAGUACAACCGUUGUUGAAACAAAACUGGUAACAACACUUCCCUGCCUCCCAAAUUAUAUUUCUGGCUUAUAGAAUGAUGAGAAUAAAAGCAUGAGACGAAUGAAACUUUAUUUUUAAGGAAUUUUAAUUUUAAAA